AUGUGUACCCGAGAAAAAUUGUACAGUUAUAUAGUGCCCUUUCUAGCAACGGAAACAGAUGUAUUACAUAACAAACAUACAUUUUUACCUUUAAAUUCUUUCAAGCGUGUAUAUCAAACCGCAAUUACUCAGUGUGAAUUUCUCACAUUGUUCCAUAUCGUAAAACACAAAAAUAUGGCUGGAUUCGUUGAACUGUUUGAUGGUCCUAUAAGGAAAAACCUAGGAGACUUAAUUCUGGAGAACAGACGGCAUGAAUCCCCUCCAGCAUCAUCUAUUCUACUCUCAGUGGUAUUAUUGGCAACGCUGCUGAAGUCGUGUGUUUACCUAACUUGA